CCUGCAGCCACACUUUUCCCCAGACCUGUUAUCAACAUUUGGAAUUUACCACUUUUGCCUUGUAUUGUUUAAAUUUUUGGGCUCGCCUUUCGAACUCAGGUGACUCCAGGCAUCGCUAAGGUGCCGCCACUGACCCCAAAGGACAUGCCCGAUGACACGCAGGAUGCCAAGGCGCAGAAGUUGGCCGCGGCGAGGAAAAAGCUGAAGGAGUACCAGCAGCGGGCGAGCAACAACAAUAGCCAGCAGGGAGCGGAGGAGCCGGUGGCCUCUUCCACGCAAUCGCCCUCGUCCACAGUUAGCAUAGCCAGCAACCUGUCCGAGCGCUCCGACAGCGAGCUUAAUGUAAACGGAGGGGGAGCCGUUGCUCCAUUGCAACAGGAACAGUUCGUCCUGCCCACAGCCGCCUCCUAUUUCACCCAAAACGAGCCGGAACAUAAUGGCGGACUAGCUGACACCUCGAAUCUGCAGGCCAUCCAGGUGAUCAUUGCGGAGAAGGCCCAGCUCAAUGCCGAGCUCACAAAGGUUCGCUUGGCCUGCCGGGAACGCGAACUGGAGCUGGAGGAGCUGCGCACCGUGAAAGACCAGAAUCAGCUGCGACUGGAACAACUGCAGCAGCACUACCAGGAUCAGCAGUCGACCGGCGAGGAGCAGAGGCAGAAGUUCGUCCACCUACAGGCUCAAUUGCAGCAGGCACAGGCACAAAUCGACGAUAACGUAGCACACCUCAACGAACUGACGGCCCACCUCAAGCAAAGAAGUUCGCGUCAGGAGGAACUGCAGCAGGAGCUCUCCCAAAAAUCCAACGAGCUGGAGAUGGCCCAACUCAAACUGCGUCAGCUCUCUGACGAGUCUAGUGUCAGCACCGACAACCGAGUUGAGUCGCUGGUUCAGACCCAGUACAUGUACGAGCAGCAGAUCCGGGAUCUCCAGGCUAUGGUGGGCCAACUUACGCAGGACAAGGAGCAGGCAGCCGCCCAGUACCAGAAUUAUGUGCAGCAUCAGAGCGGCGAAAUCGCCAAGCUCAACGAACGGAAUGCGGAACUGGCCGAGGAGUUAAACUCUUUAAAGGAGCGGGAACGGCAACUAGUGGAGCAUGUGGGCGGCUUGGAGCGGGACAUACAAAAAAACCUCAGCCUACAGGCCCAAUUUAAAGAGGCCAACCAGGAGCAGUUACCCAAGGAAGAAUCCAGCGAUCAGAAUGGCUUAAAGGAAGAACUAGCUGCCUUGAAAGAGCGCAUCGCCGACUUGGACUUUGAGCGCCACGAAUUCCAGCUGAAGAUCAAGUCGCAGGACGACCAGCUACAAAUGAAGGAGUCCGCUCUGGCUGAAUUGGAACAGCAGCUUGGCCGCCUGCAGGCCGAGCAACCGGAUCAGACGAAACUGCUGGCUACCAUGGAGUCGGACAAGGUGGCUGCCUCGCGCGCACUAACGCAGAACAUAGAAAUGAAAAAUCAACUAGACGAACUUCAACAACGAUUUGUCCAACUGACGAACGACAAAGCCGAGCUGGUCAUCCGUCUGGAUGCAGAGGAGUUUGCCAACCGCGAGAUCCGCCAGAAUUACACCAACAUGGAGCAGAAACUGCACGCCAAUGAGGAGCGCUUUAAGUUCAAAGACGAGGAGAUGAUCCGUCUUUCGCACGAAAACGUAGAACUUCAGCGUCAGCAGUUAAUGAUGCAGCAACAGCUAGAUCGCCUGCAGCACUAUGAGGCCAAGGCUUAUCAUAGCCAAGAAGGAAAACAAAGGGAGGAAAGUGGAGAUGCCCCGGUAAAUGAGUCUGAGGAAGCGACGGAUCAUGGACAUCUUGGACACUCACACGUUCACCCACAGGACCAUUCACAAGAUCACGCACAUGAGCACCAACACGAUCGCUCUCAUGAGCAUUCCCACGAUCAUUUUCAUGAUCAUGUUCACGAUAAUGCUCAUGAUCAUGCCCACCAUCAUUCUCAUGAUCAUGACCACGAACAUUCUCACGAUCACGACCACGGACCAGCAGGCAAAACCCUUCCCACGGCUGAAGCAGUGGAACGCUUGCAAUCGCGCUUCACCACGCUGAUCAGCCAGGUUGCCGACUUAACGGAGGAGAAGCACAGCCUUGAGCACCUGGUGCUGCAGCUGCAAAGCGAAACCGAAACAAUUGGCGAGUACAUUGCCCUCUACCAAACACAACGGCGCAUGCUGAAACAACGCGAGUACGAAAAGGCCGCACAAAUGCGACUUUUACAAGCGGAACGGGAGCAGCUGCGCGAAAAGAUUGAGACGCUAAACAAGCUGGUGGUCAGUUUGGGCGUGGAGCUGCCUCAAGAUCCCGGCCAGUCACAGCAACAAGAAGCGGCCGCUAGUACCGUACAGCCAGCUAACGAGGGCGAGAACUCGCAGCAGAUCAUUAACAAAAUACAGGACAUUAUCAGCGAGAUCAAGGAGAACACGGAGCAGCCAACACACAACCACGCAGGCGAUCAUCUCAAUUGCUGCCUAGGCAAGUUUGAGGUGGUCUAGAAGAUUGGAUGUCGCUUGCCCGCAAAGUGCAAUUAUCGCCUGCUUACGUAAAAUCAUUAACUUUUGCUACUGUAUUUUAAUGUAUUUGUACUUUGGUCCCCAGAGUCUUUUGUAAAUGUUUCCAACGAUGUGUCCGAAUAAACCUAGUUUGCAUCUAAGACGAAUCUACACUUAGCCCAACAAAAUGUAUUACCAAA